UUCUGCCUCUCCCCCAUGUACUGUGCUGUCUAGAGCUUGUUUCCCCCCACCCUAUUUUUUGGUGCUUUAUUGCUGUUAUUGUUAUUAUCUUAAUUUUUCUUCUUCAUGAUGUGCUGUUAGAAACCACUCCGGGACUACUCCAGCAGUAGGAAGACCGAGGAGUGGAGUGGAUGAAUAUACCGAUGAGAGAUCCAGUAAUCCCUGGGACAAGCAUGGCUUAUCAUCCUUUUUUACCUCACCGGGCACCGGACUUUGCCAUGAGUGCUGUGUUGGGACAUCAGCCUCCCUUCUUCCCGGCUCUGGCUUUGCCUCCCAACGGGGCAGCCGCCCUCUCCCUUCCCGGGGCUCUGGCUAAACCCAUCAUGGAUCAGUUAGUGGGGGCUGCAGAGACUGGUAUCCCCUUUUCUUCCCUGGGUCACCAGGCAGCAGCCCAUCUGAGGCCUUUAAAAACUCUGGAGCCAGAAGAAGAGGUGGAAGAUGACCCGAAAGUGCAUCUGGAAGCCAAAGAGCUUUGGGAGCAAUUCCAUAAAAGAGGCACGGAGAUGGUGAUUACCAAAUCGGGAAGGAGAAUGUUUCCUCCAUUUAAAGUGAGAUGCACUGGACUGGAUAAAAAGGCCAAGUACAUUUUAUUGAUGGAUAUUGUGGCGGCUGAUGAUUGUAGGUACAAA